AUGAUCGUAGCAUACAGGCUGAAAUUAAGAGCUAGAGCGGAUCAGAAUUAUGGACGUGAUGGAUACAUGUCAGAAGGGAUCGCCAAACAAAAGAUAAAGAGGAAAAGAGCUAUGAAUAUUUGCGAAAUUAUUGGAGAGUUUCAAAAGUUAUUGUUGGAAAAGUAUCAUGGGAG